UGAAAGUAGAAAGGCACAUUGUCAAGUGUCUUUGUGGCAUUUACCCCUGUGUCACUUUUAUUCCGAUUGGGGCAUCAGGCUUAACCCAAUCAACUUUUCAAUGCACUUUGGAUGAAAAUGUUUGUUUUUCUAAUUGUGUAUCUGUCUCUGUUGGGGCUUGGAAUCCAGCACGAUGUACAAAACCAGACUGAAAUUGUACAGAAUCUUGGAAACGGUGCAUUGAACGGAACAGAAGAUGAAAAUGCAACCCUCACCAGUGGAUUUCAAUUUGAUGAUCUGGCAGGGGUUCGGUCAUUCACGACAGAGCAGGAGAUGGAGGUGAGGAUCAUUGGUGGUGUGGAGGCCUGGGCCCACUCGUGGCCAUGGCAGGUAUCCCUCCGCUUUACCACCAUGCCAGCCUGUGGCGGUGCCAUCAUCGCCCCUCAGUGGGUUCUCACUGCCACACACUGCUUCAAACAGUAUAACAAAGUGGAUUUCUGGACUGUGAUGGCGGGAAAACAUGACCUUGAGAAUCCUAAUGAAGAAUGUCAACAGUUGGUUGGAGUCUCUAAAAUAGUCACCCACAAGGAUUACAACCGCAUUACAAAGAUGCAUGACAUUGCCCUGGUGAAGCUAAAGACCCCGCUGAUAUUCAACCAGUGUGUGAGACCCAUAGAGAUAUGGAUGAGGCCAAUCGAACCCAAAAAACAAUGCACAGUGACCGGCUGGGGUACCACCAGAGAGAACGGGCCUCGUGCCAACAGACUCCAGGAGGUGAAUGUGACCUGUCUAUCCCAAGAGGACUGUAACAAGUUCUACCAUGGUGUAGUUCAGCCCACCAUGUUCUGUGCUGGAGACCCUGAAGGAGGUGUAGACGCCUGCCAGGGUGACUCAGGUGGACCUCUGUCCUGCUAUACAGGGUCCAGGUAUGAGUUGGCUGGAGUGGUUAGCUGGGGAGUGGGCUGUGGUAGAGCCCAAAGGCCUGGAGUCUAUACUAAAGUACAGGUCUACCUAGACUGGAUCAAUGAAUUAAUUAAAGGUGAAAAGGCGAUUUCAGGUGAUGGUGGUACUGUAGCUAAAGAGAGUUGUGGUCAGAGUGAGAUAUUGACCUGCCGGCUGGACUCCCGCCCAGCAGGGGUGUAUGUGACCUUGGAGGGUGAGGUGCGGGUGGGGAGUGUGACAGAGGCGUGCGCCAACUCCUGGCCCUGGCAGGUCAGUCUGCAGUCCAAAGGGAGACAUUACUGCAGUGGGACCCUGAUCCACCACCACUGGGUCCUGGCACCGCAACACUGCCACUGCAAACCUACAGUUGACACAGUGGUUCUGGGAGGUCACGACCUAAGGUUCAUGUCUGCCCAGACCAUCCUGGUGGAAGAGGUGUUCAGCCACCCCCACGACGGAACCUUCCCUCCGACAUCUGACCUCACACUCAUCAAGCUCAGUGUUCCAGCUCGAUUCGAUGACACAGUGUCUCCAGUUUGCCUCCCACAUGAGGAUGUGAAGCUGGAUGACAGCUGGUCCUGUGUGACAACAGGCUGGGGAUCCAGCAACUCGGCACCGAAGGUUAGCAGAUCCACCCUGCACCAGGCCAGGCUAGGGCUGGUCAACAGGACCACUUGUAGAGAGAGCUGGGGAGAGGACCUCAUCACAGACACUCAGCUGUGUACAGACCCAGCCGGCUCUGUCUCCUGCAUGGGGGACUCUGGUGCUCCACUCCUCUGCCAGAAAAUAAAGGGGGUCUUCUUCCUCUUUGGGGUGGUCACAUGGGGCAGCCCGAGCUGUGACCUCAGCACACCAGCAGUCUUCUCCCGACUAUCAGCUUAUCGUUCCUGGAUCACGAAUAUAACCGCUGACAUCUGACUUUGUUUCACAUUAUAACAGAAUAAACAAUGACUUUUUUGA